AUGCUGAAACAGAUAUUAUCAGACAUGUACAUCGAUCCGGAGCUGCUGGCAGAGCUCAGCGAGGAGCAGAAGCAGAUCCUUUUCUUCAAGAUGAGGCAGGAACAGAUCAGACGGUGGGAGGAAAGAGAAGCUGCUGAAGAAAAGAUUUCAGCAAAGAAGCCACUGCCAAGAAAAGCCAACAGGAAGUCAGUGACGUGGAAACUCGGUGCUGACAAUGAAGUGUGGGUCUGGGUGAUGGGUGAGCAUCCUUCAGAUAAAUCCUAUGCAGCCAUCUGUGAAGAGAUCCAGGCACAAAGAGCAAAGCGCUUAGAGAGAGAGCAAGGCCAGGAGGGCAGAGAGACUGACUCUUCUGCAACAUGGUCUUUACACCCACAGCCAGGACUUCUGGCUGAGACAGAUGUUCAUGGGAAUAAAAAACACACUGCAGAGAAAAAAGAGGAACAUGGGAGAAGAAUGACUGAUAUUGAUACAACAGGAAAAAGCCAGGAGCUCACAAAGAGGGGAACCAGAAAUGUUCAUCAGAUGCUGGCAGAUUGCCAUAUGAGGAAGCAUAGUUUCCAACAGAUGAAGGAAGCACAGAGGAAAAAUUCAGAAGAGAUCACAGCCCCCCAGGAGCCAAUACCACAGAGCCACUCCAGCACAGAGAGCCAGAGAACGCUGCAGAAAUCAGAUGAAAAUGAGCCUGAAUGGCAGGAAUUCUUGCGGAAAUCCAAGGCAGCAGAUGAGAAGAGACGCUCCCUUGCACGGCAAGCCAGAGAUGACUACAGGAGACUUUCACUGCAGGGCAUCCACAGAGGGAAACAGGCAGAUAUUUCCAAGGGUGCCACAGCAGGAGAUCGGCGACCACUUCAAUACCCACCCCUUCCCCCCAAGCCUAAACUUCCACCUCCUGCUGCAGCAAAUGGGAGAGUGAUUAGGAAAGAGGGAGUCCAGCGGACAAUCUCCAAUUCCACAGAAGAAAGCAUCAUCAAGUGGUUCAAAGAGGAGCAAUUCCCUCUCCGAGCCGGCUAUCUGAAAACUACAGACAAAAUAGCACCUUGGUUCCAUGGUAUCCUAACCUCUAAGAAAGCAGAAGAGCUUCUGAAUAAAACAGUACCAGGGAGUUUUCUGAUCCGGGUCAGUGAGAAAAUCAAAGGUUAUGUGCUCUCCUAUCGGUCUGUGGAAGGAUGUAAACAUUUCCUCAUUGAUGCCUCCAGUGAUUCCUACAGCUUCCUGGGAGUGGACCAGCUACAACAUUCAAUGCUGGCUGACCUUGUAGACUACCACAAGGAUGAACCCAUCACUUCCUUGGGGAAGGAGCUGCUGCUUUACCCAUGUGGCCAAGAGGACCAAGAACCAGAUUACAUCUCCCUCUUUCAGUAAACCUCCCCAUCUCUCUGGGCAGCCCCAGACUUGUAUUCACAAAGAACUUGGAACUGAACUUGGAACUAGAGCUGCUGAUAUGUACCUGAAACCAUAUGUGCCUCUAUUUUGUAUCCUUCACAAAAAAAUAGUAGGAGGAUAAGUACUGUUGUGAGCUACAGGAUGCAUCAGCCCAGCAAGCUGCAAAGCACCUGAAUACAUCCCACAAGAUGGAGAAAAUGAGUUGCUGAAGUAAUCAAUUGAACAGGGAGAUACUGCCAUGGAUUUUCAGUGGUUUUGUAUGUUACUUGGAGGAUUUCUGUAUUCAAGCUGCCUUUUGUUCUUGAAUGCAAGGUUGUGUGCCAUCUGGGAAAUAGAUUAGUACCUACGGUUGAAUGAGAUUAUACCUUCCUGAAGGCACAAAACCACUUGGAGAGUUGAAUUGAUCUUGAUAUAUGAUUUGCACGACGUGAAGCUUAAUUCUAUAAAAUGCUGUGUCCUUGGAAGGAAGGAUGUUCAGCCAAACGUCCAAGCAAACCCUGAGUGCCUUUCAGUGAAAAGUGCUCUCUGUGACAAGAGAUUUCCAUGAAGAGUGCAUUUUUAAAACUC